UACAAAGGCACAAAAAUGUCUGGAAAGAGUUUUCGGGUGAGCGACGGCGACUGGAUUUGUCCAGAUAAAAAGUGCGGGAAUGUUAACUUUGCACGGAGAACGAGCUGUAACAGAUGUGGCAGAGAAAAGACCACAGAUGCCAAAAUGAUGAAGGCUGGUGGCACAGAAAUUGGGAAAACUCUGGCAGAGAAGAGUCGAGGACUCUUCAGUGCCAACGACUGGCAAUGCAAAACAUGCGCCAAUGUAAACUGGGCAAGACGAUCAGAAUGCAACAUGUGCAACACGCCAAAAUAUGCCAAGCUUGAAGAAAGAACAGGAUAUGGUGGAGGGUUCAAUGAACGAGAGAAUGUGGAGUAUAUUGAGCGAGAAGAGUCUGAUGGAGAAUAUGAUGAGUUUGGGCGUAAGAAGAAGAAAUAUCGCGGAAAACCUGCUGAAGAGAAGAAAGUGGAACCAAAACAUGAGGAGGAGGAGGAGGAGGAUGAUGAUGACGACGACGAAGAUGGAGACCUGUCCAAAUACAAACUCGAUGACGAUGACGAUGAUGAUGAUGAUGAUGACGAGGACGAGGAGGAGGACGACGAUGCGGAUUUGUCCAAGUACGACCUAGACGCCAGCGAUGGGGAGAAACGGUCUGAGAAGAAAGGCAGUCGCAGUCGCUCUGCCUCAUCCCGCUCUUCCUCCCGCUCCUCUUCCUCAAGCUCUCGGUCCAGGUCCAGGUCCCGUUCCAGGAGCUCGUCAAGCUCCAGAUCUCGCUCUCGCUCAAGUUCUGCAGACCGAGGCCGGUCUCACAGGUCCAAAUCCAGCUCCAGGUCUCGGAAAGGCUCCUCGUCGCCGAGGAAGAGGUCUCGCUCUCGCAGUCGUUCGUCCUCCCCCGAGCGAGGGAAGAAGAGGAGUCACUCCAGGUCAUCCUCUGGUGAAAGGAAAAAAAGGCGCUCUAGAUCGCAGUCGUCCGAAAGGCGCCGUGGCCAUUCUUCUGGAUCCUCCCACUCUGGCUCAAGUUCAAAAAAGAAAUGAUUUCAUAUUGGUCUCUAGUACAUGGAGACCAAGAGUAUUAUACAGAAAUGCAUGUUGUGUUUUAAACUUACAAAUUUCUUGCGCUGUUCGAACUUCAUGAGCGUUGCAGUAUGUAAAGAAUAAUAGUUACGUUGAUUUUUUUUUUUUUUUUUUUUCUUGUUUCCAUGUUCACUGCCUUCUUUAACACCAUCUCAUAUCUCAUAAGUAAAACCUGAUAGUGUCUUGUAGUUUUCUAGUGUUUGCUAGUUCUGUGUAGAAAAGGUCAGACUCUGAGCAAGGAGAAAUGAUCAGUCAUCUUCGUGUUCAUCUGGUCUGACAGGAUUUCUUCAGAAUAUCAUGGUAGUAGUUUCUGUCUUAUGCAUUGUCUGGAACUAGAGUCAUCUCUUCCUACAACAGCCAGAUAAUGAACUGCAAUGAGUUGUUUUUUUUUUUUUGUUUUUUUUUAUUUAAAGAUAAUUUUCAGAUGCCAGUUUUACAGGCUUUGAUUCUGUGAGUCAUUUGGAGUAACCUCAUGAAAAAGUGUUCAUAAAUUCAACAUAACUUGUUCAGAUCUGUAAAACUCUUAUCUGAAAAUGACCCAUUUUUUUUUUACUGCAUCAUCUUUAUGUGUGAGUUUAAGGUAAGUAUGCUUUUCUUAGCGCGUUACUUAGCGCUUUUUCUCUUUUGGCCAAACGGAAUAAAUACUGUGAAUGUUUUUUUUUUUU